AUGUGUGUGCGAGCGCGUGUGCAGAGCGCGUAUGUGUGUGAGAGCGCGUAUGUGUGUGAGAGCGCGUAUGUGUGUGAGAGCGCGUAUGUGUGUGAGAGCGCGUAUGUGUGUGAGAGCGCGUAUGUGUGUGAGAGCGCGUAUGUGUGUGAGAGCGCGUAUGUGUGUGAGAGCGCGUAUGUGUGUGAGAGCGCGUAUGUGUGUGAGAGCGCGUAUGUGUGUGAGAGCGCGUAUGUGUGUGAGAGCGCGUAUGUGUGUGAGAGCGCGUGUAUGUGUGUGAGCGCACGUUUCGGGAACAUCUCGCCCAAGACGGAAGGGGGGAAGAUUUUCUGCAUUAUCUACGCCCUGGUCGGUAUUCCGAUGUUUGGCUUUCUCCUAGCCGGAGUAGGUGACCAGCUGGGAUCCGCCCUGGGCCAGCUGAUUGGGAAAGUCGAAGAUAUUUUCCUCCGAUGGAAGGUGUCCCCGACUCUCAUCCGGGUUCUCUCCACCCUGCUCUUCAUCCUGAUUGGCUGCCUGAUCUUUGUCUUCUGCCCUGUGCUGGUUUUCCGUUGGAUGGAGGAUUGGCCGCUCCUGGACUCCGCCUACUUUGUCGUGGUCACCCUGACGACCAUCGGGUUCGGGGAUUACGUGGCAGCUACGCCUCUUGGUGCCCUCCAGCGAUGGCGUUGGCGCUCGCUACAACCG